UGUUCCUCUCUAGAUCCACAUGCUGGUGUCGUUGCAGCAGGCCUGUGCCACCCGUCACAGUGCGGGCUUGUUGCUGCCCACUCGGCCACCGCAGCGGUCCUCGGCACCACCGGAGGGAGCUUUGCGGAUCACGGUGGUGACGCCACGAAAGGGGCGUUACGAGCUGGUUGUUCGCGAAGACUCCACUCAAGAGGAUCUGCGGCAGCAGCUCCAUGAAGCCAAGACCCAGAACGUGCAUCUGCGACCCUACCACGAUCCCACAAAGUUGAAAUCCCGUGAAGAUGUGGAGAUGCGAAUUCUCUACAAAGGCAUCCCCAUGAAGUCCACCUUGAAGCAGCUGGGAGUGUCCAGUGGAGCGACUUUAUUGGCUCUACCCGAGUUGCGCGAACCGCGCAUUGGGCUGCACGGGGUCUCGAAUGCCGCGCCACGGGGAUUGCUCAUGACCUCCAACAGGGCAUGGAAGCCUUCGCAAGCGCGGAAGCCCCGCGAGGCUUUGUUCAUCACACCAGAGGUGGGUAGCUACCGAGCCAACCUAGUGCACCCGGUGUUAAAUCCACAUCCGCCGUUGCCAAUGCCCAGCUGAAAGGCCUGGUGAAGGAGCGAGGCUGUUUCACUGAUGAGCCAAAACUGGGCAUCAUUUGGGAUGAGCAUUCCGCAGAAAAUCCGAGAAAA